AUGGCGGCCAAGUCGGACGGCGGGGGCGCGGGGGUCGGCUUCGCCCAGCUGCACAACCUGGACGAGGCGGCGGCGGCGGCCGCGGCGGGGGGCGCCGGCGGCGGCGGCGGCGACGGGGCGGACGAGCAGGGCGGCAGCAGCUCCCUGCACAUCUGCCACUGCUGCAACACCUCGUCGUGCUACUGGGGCUGCCGGAGCGCCUGCCUGCGGAGCCUGCUGGGGCGGGCGGGGGCCGGGCCGGGGGCGGCGGGGCACGGACCCGCUGGCCCCGGGCUCCUCCUCCGAGGGGCCGCCGCACCCCCGGGGGGGCCCGGCGGCGGCGAGCGGCCGUGGCUGGACUGCCUGUGGAUCGUGCUGGCGCUGCUGGUGCUGCUGGGCGACGUGGGCACGGACCUGUGGCUGGCGCUGCAUCACUACGGGCGGCGGGACUACGUGUGGUGCGGCCUGACCCUGGCCUUCGUGCUGCUGCCCUCCGUGCUGGUGCAGAUCCUCAGCUUCCGCUGGUUCGUGCAGGACUACACGGGCGGCGGGCUGGGCGCCGUGCAGGGCCUCAGCAGCCGCGGGCCGCCCAUGAUGGGCGCCGUGGGCACCGCCACCCCGGGGGCCCAGCGCCUCUGCAGGCUCUCCGUCUGGAUCUGGCAGGCCGUCAUCCACCUGCUGCAGAUGGGACAGGUCUGGAGGUAUAUCCGAACCAUGUACCUGGGGAUCCAGAGCCAGAGGCGGAAGGAACACCAGCGGCGCUUCUACUGGGCUAUGAUGUACGAGUAUGCAGACGUAAACAUGCUGCGCCUCCUGGAGACUUUCCUGGAGAGCGCUCCCCAACUGGUGCUACAGCUCUGCAUAAUGAUCCAAAAGAACCGUGCAGAAACAUUACCAUGUGUGUCCUCUGUGGCGUCCCUGAUGUCCCUGGCUUGGGUGCUAGCCUCCUAUCACAAGCUUCUUCGGGACUCUAGGGAUGACAAGAAGAGUAUGAGCUACAGAGGGGCCCUCAUGCAUCUCUUCUGGCGCCUCUUCACCAUCUCAUCCAGAGUUAUCUCUUUUGCCCUCUUUGCUUCCAUCUUCCAGCUCUACUUUGGGAUCUUUGUAGUGGUCCACUGGUGUGCCAUGGCUUUCUGGAUCAUCCAUGGUGGGACUGACUUCUGCAUGUCUAAGUGGGAGGAGAUCCUCUUCAACAUGGUGGUAGGGAUUGUGUACAUUUUCUGCUGGUUUAAUGUCAAGGAAGGGCGGACUCGAUACAGAAUGUUUGCAUAUUACACUGUAGUCUUGACAGAGAAUGCUGCCUUGACACUCCUUUGGUAUUUUUACAGAGAUCCUACAACUACUGACUCAUAUGCCGUGCCAGCACUGUGUUGUGUCUUUCUUAGCUUUGCUACUGGAAUAGCUUUGAUGCUCUUCUAUUAUGGUGUGCUGCAUCCCAUGGGGCCGAGAGUUAAGAUUUUUGCCAGCUCCUGUUGCGCCGAGCUGCUCUGGGGCAUUCCUUUGCCUCCUGAUGUUGAGCCCAUGGCACCCGAAACCCCUGGGUACCGGGGGGCCCAGGCUACGCCUACCAGAGCGGUCACGGAGCAACAGGAGGAACUCACAGCUGACACUUGCUUGCCAGUUUUCCAGGUGAGAGCAAUGGUGCCAUCUACUCCAUCUGGGCGAGCCUACUACCCAGAAGGCCCUCUCAUUAAGAUUGACAUCCCAAGAAAGAGAUACCCUGCAUGGGAUGCCCAUUUUGUAGACAGGCGGUUAAGAAGAACUAUCAACAUUCUCCAGUAUGUCACCCCCACAGCUGUAGGUAUUAGGUAUAGAGACGGACCUCUCUUGUAUGAGUUGCUACAAUAUGAGUCUUCACUUUAA